AUGAAUAUCAGCAAAGAGGACGAAGCGACUUACUUCUGUUUCUAUGGAUCACAAUUUUCACAUCGUUUUGGUGAUGGCGUCUUCUUGGCUGUGAAAGAUGGAAGUCUGCAGAAAUCCUUCCACGUGGAACAAAGUCCGGAGGCUGAGUCCGUCCUGCCGGGCGACUCGGUGACCCUCCAGUGUUCUCUUGUCUCCAGGGACAAAGAGGACGGGGUCCAGUGUCCACACGGACACAGGGUGUUCUGGUUCAGAUCAGGAGGAUCCCAUCCAGGCUUCAUGUACACUCAGGAUACACAACCGGGGGACACAAGUUGUGUCUAUCGUCUGUCCAAAAGGAUCUGGAACUCCUCUGAUGCUGGGACUUACCGCUGUGCCGUGGCCUCAUGCGGACAGAUCCUGUUUGGUGGAGGAACCAAAGUGGACACAAACGGGUUCUGGUCCUUUGGUGACGUAUUUCUGGGUUCUGUCGUGGUUCUUAGUUUGAAUGUUGCAGCCGUCCUCAUUUACGUCAUCAAGACAAAUAAGUGUGAUUAUUGCAAUAAUGAAGCGGCUGCUUCUCUGCUAGAAAAUGUUCCAAAGGGGAAUUUCAAGAGGAAUGAAGACGCGUGGACUUAUUCUACUGCCGUCUUCACCGUGAUGAAGUCAGGUGGCACGGAGGCGCGCAGAGGGAGCGCAGAGGGAGAACAUCCACGCUGCUGCCAAGGCCUCCGG